AUGCCAACAAGAGUAUGCAUCUUUGCUGUUCCCUGUGCUGCUGUGGUGGUCUUAGUCAUCAUGUCAAAUAGAUUCAUUACUGAAACAGCUUCUAAUUCGACGCGAGUAGAAGUACUGUAUGACCCAGCGGAUGUUCGAAUCAAUCUUACCGAGAAUGUCAAAAGUGGAAAGCAGGACACCGCUCCUUUCAACAAAAGCAGUCUCAUCCCGCCUUUUCUACACUUCAGGGCGAUAAUGGAGGUACUGCAACUUUUACAAUCACUUUGA